AUGUCGACCUCUUCCUCCCCCUUUCUCGACCCGGGCCCGUGCACCCGCUCCGAUGCCCUCGCAAUCGUCCAGCUCUCCCGCGACAACUACCAGCCCAUCUACCUCCACGAUGCCGCGGGCCUCGAAGUCGACGGCUACGCCGAGGGCGCCGUGCUCAACACACGAUUUGGCUCGUUCCCGCACUCGACCAUGAUUGGUGUGCCCUGGGGCUCGCAGGUGCGGGCGUCGAUCGUGGACACGGGCUCGCGCGGUCGGAAGCGGAAGCGGGCAGCGGGCAGCCUGGGAGGAGAUGCCGCCUUGGCAGCGACGCCACAAGACAGCACACCGGCCGACACGCCAGCCGCGACGACGCCGUCGACGCCAACGGCAACGACAGCGACUGGUGCCACCCGUCCUCCACCACCACCGCCACCACUCGCCACCGCCGCGAGCGGUUUCGUACACAUCCUGCCACCGACGCCCGAGGUCUGGACGCUCAGCCUGCCGCACCGCACACAGGUCGUAUAUGCCAGCGACUACAGCUACAUCUUGCACCGUCUGCGGGCACGGCCGGGCACGCACCUCAUCGAGGCCGGCUCGGGUAGCGGCAGCUUUACCCAUGCUUCCGCACGGGCGGUCUACGGCACGUCGACAGCCGCCACCAAGGGCGCCGCGGCGACGCCAAAACGACCGGGCCACGUCUACAGUUUCGAGUUCCACAACGAGCGGUACCAAAAGAUGAAGGCCGAGCUCAAGAGCCACGGGCUUUCGGGGGAGGGCGGGGACGAUCUGGUCACCCUGACCAACCGCGACGUGUACGGGCACGGUUUCUUGUUGGACGACGGCACGAGCCCCGAGGCCGACGCCGUGUUCCUGGACCUGCCCGCACCGUGGCGUGCCCUGCAGCACCUGACGCGUGCCGCCACGGCCGACGGCAGACCGUCGGCCCUCCACCCGCGCAAGAGCGUCCACAUUUGCACCUUUAGUCCCUGCAUCGAGCAGGUCACGCGCACCGUGUCGAUGCUGCGCCGGCUGGGCUGGACGGACAUUGACAUGGUCGAGGUGGCCAACAAGAAGAUUCUGGUGUACCGCGAGCGGCCCGAGCUGGUGAGCGGCAAGGCCAGUGCCGGGGCCGGCGCGGGCGUGGGCGGCGGCAACAAUGUGCCGGCGCCGCGGGACGUGGGCGAGGCGGUGGCGCGGCUCAAGGCGAUUGAGACGCGCACACGCGAGUACAACCAGCGGUUCUGGCAGUCGCGGGAGGCUGGCACUGCUGGUGCUGGUGCUGGUGCCGGUGCCGGCGCCGGCGCCGACGCUAUGGACGUCGUCGACAAGGCCAAGGAAGAGGAGCCCGCGCCGCAGGCGUUGCCCCCCACAAAGCAGGUCAAGACGCACACGUCGUACCUGGUGUUUGCGGUGCUUCCGCGCGCGUGGACGGCCGAGGACGAGGCGGCAGCGGCGGCGCGGUGGCCUGUGGGCCGCGAGCAGGCCGUGAUCGGCGCGGUGCAGCGGGAUGUGCGCAAGGCCCAAAAGCGGCUGCAGAUGCAGAACAAAAAGGAAAAGAAGGCACAGGAGACGAAGGCAUAG